GCGCAAAGGCCAAAGCGGCCUACAAGCAGCUUCGGAGCCUGCGCUCGAGUGAUCGCUGUGGGGAAAGAGGCACCGCGACGCCGGUUGCGGGGAGGGAGCCCGGGCGAGGAAGGGAUGCGGGAACCAUGAAGCGCCGCAGCCGGGGACGUGCCGCGGCCUCGCUGCGGACCAAGAGGAUGGCAAGCCCCGAAGCCGGGACAGUCAAUUUUUGCCCCCAAUGUGGAAAGAAAGUAGAGGCAACAUUUACCUUCUGCCCUUCUUGUGGGAACAGGUUGCCUGAGCAAGAGGAACCUAUGCAAAUCACUCCCAUUCCUUCACAGCACGAACUGAAUCAGAAAAGUCCAGGUGAGCUUACUGUAGUGGUGAGGUCUCCUGUGAAGAAAAAAGUGGAAAUAUGUUUACCAGAGAAAGGGAAGGCUUCCACUUCAGUUAAACAAGACUCCUCUCAAACUGCAGUGACUACAAGGUCCCCAAGGGAAGCAACAAAAGCAAAACCCGGUUCCCACUCUCCCAAGAAGAGCAAGAUUGCUUCUGUGACCCCACUCCCAGAGGGCGAGAUCCUGACAGACCUGAACGACAAGCAGUGGAAGCUUGUAAAACUUCUGAGCCAAUCUGACAUUGGGUUGAUGUACGAAGCGGAGUCGGCAUCUGGAACCCGCUGUCGGAACCAGAGGUUCUCCCUCAAACUUGAUACCAAAGACGGGCGGCUCUUCAACGAGCAGAACUUUCUGCAGCGAGCAGCAAAGAGAGCCACAGUGGAGAAGUGGAAGAAACAGCAUUCAGUACCAUUGCUGGGAAUACCCAGUUGCAUUGGCUUUGGCCUCCACGGUAGCAAUUACAGAUUCCUGGUCUUUUCUGAUUUGGGUCGCUCCCUCCAGUCAGUCCUGGAUGAUGGUGCCUGCAAUUUGACGGAGAAAGCUGCCUUCCAGAUUGGGAUCAGGCUGCUGGAUGUGCUGGAGUUCCUUCAUGAAAACGAGUAUUCCCAUGGGGACAUCACUGCAGAGAACAUAUAUGUGAAUCCACUGGAUCUCUCCGAGCUCACCCUGGCUGGCUAUUGCUUUGCUUUCCGAUACUGCCCAGGGGGAAAGCAUGUGCCUCAGCGGGAGGGCAGCAGGACCCCUCACGAGGGCACGCUGGAAUUCAUCAGCCUAGAUAGUCACAAAGGAGCCGCACCGUCUCGUCGGAGUGAUCUGGAAUCGGUGGGCUAUUGCCUUGUAAAGUGGCUAUGCGGCUUCCUUCCAUGGUCUGAGGAACUGACAAAUCCCUGUGCUGUCAUGGAGAAGAAAGCGAGGUAUAAAGCUGAUAUGCUCAAGAAUCCAAAACUGUCCUGUGGCUGGAGAGCCAUUCCAGAUGCUGUGCAGCGCUACCUGCAGCGAGUUGUAUCCUUGGACUACGAAGAGAGCCCAGACUACGAAGAGCUCCGGUUGUUUCUGAGGAAGCCGCUUGAACUGAUGAAGGCCUCUGCAUAUGACUCAGUGGACCUCAAAGUGGCACCCUAGGUCUGAGGAGCUCAGAGAAGAUGUGACGUGCAGGGUCAAAGUCCCCUGGGAAGUCUUCACACUGGAGCAGCUAGGAAUGCAGUUUCCCGCUGUGCUUUCCUACUUGGCUUUUAGAUUGUGCAGGGAACUGGAGGGAGCAGUGGAAUUUCCUGGUACUUAUUUCUUAGGACCUUACUGCGAAUAUGUUUCUGUGUUUUUAAAUGUGAACUUUCUCUCCCUCCAGCCGCACACUUUUAAUGAGUUUUAGUUCACGUGAAGGCCAGAUCCCCAUUUGGCAGACACGCUACCUGAACGGCAAUCGCCUGACAACCCCCAAGUAUUGCCGUGGGUACAAAGGAGGCUCCCUAAUUGGGGGGGAGAACUAACCUCCCCUCUUCAAGCUGUUGAUUGUACUGUUUGAUAAUUUCGUAAUAAACUUUUCUCGUGAA